AUGGCAGCAGCGAACUCGGACGCCUAUCAGGCAACCCGCAACAACGCGAACUUCGCACCUGGACCGACCGACAAUGGGCCGUUGGAGAAAGACUUCUCAAAUGGCUACCACCUCGACAACAACAUGGAUGUCGACACCGCCUUGAAAAGGAUCCAGACGACCGGCAGUCUCUCAAUCUCCCCCGAACUCUUCGAGAAAAUCUAUCUCUCGCCCCAAAACAGAGUCGCUGGCGAGCUUCGCAAGACCUUCGGUAACCCUACGCCUCUCUGUCUUGUUGGCUUCCUGCUUUCCCUGACACCGCUCUCCUGCAUCCUCAUGGGCUGGCGAGGCGCCGGAGGGUCGGGUGCAUCUGAUACCGCAAUAUACUACUUCUUCGGCGGCCUACUUAUGAUUCUUGGAGCAAUCGGCGAAUGGAUCAUUGGCAACACCUUCCCGUUCGUGGUCUUCGGCUCGUUCGGCGCGUUCUGGCUCUCGUUCGGUGGUACCCUCACACCCUGGUUUAACGCGUACGGUGCCUUCUCGACAACUGGCGUCCCGGCGCAGGGUCUUGAAGAGCCUGGCUUCUACGCCAGCUUUGCAUUCUUCCACGUGUUCAUGGGCGUCCUUUGCUUCAUCUACAUGAUCUGCGCCCUUCGCACGAACGUCAUCUUCCUUCUUAUCUUCGCGUUCUUGGUGCCCGCUUUUGGUUGCCUCGCUGGCGCAUACUGGCAGAUUGCGAAGGGGAACAUGGCCCUUGGGGCCCAGUUGACCGUUGUCGCUGGCGCAUUGACGUUCGUCGUUGACCUGCUCGGUUGGUGGAUUUUUGCAGCCAUCAUGCUGGCAGCACUCGACUUCCCCUUCCAAAUCCCAGUCUUCGACAUCUCUCACAUCAUCAAGGGUGCAAGCGAGAGGCAGAAAAUGAAGGAGGAGCGCAUGGGCGCCGGCGACGCCUAAAGCUACUUAGCGAAACCAACUGGUUGCUGGGAGGUGGCAAUGGGAGUGAAUAUUCGGCGUUCGCGGUAGCGCCAGCGGACCAGCUGUAUUCAUCGAACG